AUGGAUGAAGCGAUUCGAAAAUAUUGUGGCCUUCUAAUGUUUGAUACUCCACCCUCCUUUCCCUACAAAAAUAAUGGUAAAGUGAAUUCUUCGUCACUAACCAUCGACCAUACAACAUCGCUAGAGAAUAGCAGCAUAAGAACCCAAGACAAUUUCGUUUUCACUUCCUUUCUGGAACCGAUUCGCGUAAAACGUCAGAACCCAAUAAAAAAUAAACCUAUUAUCUUGGAUUCAGAUUCGUCGCUAUUAAAUAACGAGGUCGAAAAGACGUCAAAUUUAGUGCAGCCAUCUUCUGAAGACAGGACUCCUCGUCCUCCAAAUGCCUUCAUAUUAUAUAGACGCUCUAAACAACCCGAAGUAACUCGGGAACAUGGUAAUAUAUCUAAUGCAAGGAUAUCCAAAAUUCUUGCCAAGCUUUGGAGAGAAGAAGAUGAAAAUGUAAAACAUUAUUGGCAAAAAAUGGCCGAUAAAAAAAAAAUGGAGCAUAUGUUAGCUCACCCUGGAUACGUCUAUCGACCAAAAAAACCUGGCGAAAAUAAGAAAAAAAAGAACCAUCGUAAAUCGAAGGCCACUCCGAAAGAAUCACCUGGUCCAUUGAUUCCAUUAUGCCAUCCUCCCGCUCAAACUCAAAAUUCCUUCGUUUUUGAUUCACCUCAAGACCCUACCAUCAUUUCUACGGAUUCUUCCUCUCCAUACAUUCUUUACGAUAAUCAUUUUGAACCUUAUUCCCAAAUCACGCCUAUCUUUUCAACAAACGAUAUCGACAAUUAUGUAUAUAGCAAUUAUAUCGAUUGUAACGAUUAUAAUGUUUAUAAUGAUUACAAUGACUAUAAUAAUUAUAAUGAUAUCGAAUCAAAUAAUUUAUUUGAUGUACAACAAUAUCCAAUCGAUCAAAACAUCAUUUAUCCAUAUGAACAUAACUUUUGUUAA